AGAGCGUGGUAGAACAGUAUUGGUGAGCGAAUCGAGACCUUUUUUUCAUGCGUUUUCAUGUACUCCAUCCUAUCCGAUCCAGCACCAACUGCCAUGCCAUCCAAUAUUUCCUUUUCCUCCUUGAGAAUAACUCGCUUCCUUUGAACGAAUAAACAAAGAAAAUAAAUCCACUCAUGAGACAUGUCUCGCUGGUCCAAUUUUUUUUUUUUGCUUUUGCUUUUGCUUUUGCUGGCUGCGACCAUCCCACUGAAGCCUUCAAUCCAGUCCUCUUCGCUCCUUUCGAUGCUUCUGGUGCGGACUGUUCUUUGUCGUCUCUAUGAGCCCUUCGGGUCGUGUCGAUCCUUUGCGCUCGAAGCACUUCCUUCCGUAGAAAUUUAUGACCGAAUGUCCUCAACCAUAAACAUGACCGCACAAAAUCCCCUUACCCUCCGAGAGUGAGAGCGAUCCCGAUAUGGGUGAGCAUGUCCUUAGCGAGCAGGUUCUGGACGGGAGCAAUCAUCGUUGGUAGUGUU